AUGUUCGAGUUUGGCGCCGUACUAUUUCUUGCUUCGAUAUUCCCGGGUACGUUGCUCUAUGCGUCGAUAUAUGCUUUGGUUCGGGCUUGGUCGGCUGUUGCGCUUUCAUCUUGGCUUGGUGCGUGGGUUGAUCGGUCUGAUCGGCUUGUUGCUUUGAGAUACUCUAUUGUUUGGCAACGAAUUCCGGUUGCUGUGUCAUGUCUGUGCUUUGUGCUUCUUUUGAAUACGAAGACUUGGACGAUGAGUCUUCUUCUGUUUGCCGUCCAGGGGCUGUUGGCCUGCGUAGAGAAAUUAGCGGCUACGGCUAAUGCGGUGGCCGUGGAGCGGGACUGGGCAAUCGUGAUAUCGGAUAGCAUCAAUGUGCCUCGACAAGAUUUGAACGCCUCAAUGCGACGAAUUGACCUCUUCUGCAAACUCCUAGCUCCAGUCUUCAUCUCCUUGGUCGACAAUUUCUCAUCAAAAUAUGCCAUCUGGACAGUAUUCGGUCUGAACACCGCAUCCGUGGCCAUCGAAUACAUGGCAAUCGCCCAAGUCUACCAAGCAGUGCCAGCCCUGAACAAGCACAUCCUAGCCUCUCCCACCCAAGAGUCUGAUGAAGCAAAUGAUGAGCACGCCGACUAUAAUACCACCAACCCAUCUACUGUUCUACCCCAAUCCCCUUGGAAAAAAUACACAACAAGCCCAGUCUUCCUUCCCUCCUUCGCCUUAAGCCUCCUCUACCUAACAGUCCUCUCUUUCGGCGCUACAAUGGUGACAUAUCUCCUACAUACGGGCUUCAGCUCAUUGCAGGUUAGUUAUAUGCGCAUUGGCUCAGUGGCGGCUGAAUUGUCUGGUACAUGGAUGGCCCCAAUGAUCAUGAACAAAAUCGGUCCUAUACGGUCUGGACUCUGGUUCUUGAAUUGGCAGUUCGUUUGUGUCGCUGCUGCCGCUGCUGCUUUUGUGGGGUGGAAUUCUGAUUCUAUGGUCGUUGCUGGGACGCUCAUUGUUGGUGUUGCUAUGAGUCGGGUUGGGCUCUGGGGGUUUGAUUUGUCGGUUCAAUUCCUUGUUCAGGAGAAUAUUGAAGAACAAGCUCGCGCUCGGUUCUCUGCUACGGAGAUGGCGUUGCAGAAUGUUUUCGAGAUGCUUUCUUUCGCUUCGACCAUUGCAUUCCCGCUCCCUCGGCAAUUCCGAUAUCCAGUGCUAAUCAGCUCCGGUGCUGUAGCUAUAGCGGCUAUCUGCUUUGCGGCCUAUGUCCGCAAAGAACGAGGUCAUCUGUUGCACCGAUCGAAGUGUAUGGGAGGGGACAAGGUCAUAUAUCGAGCACUUGGAUCAGGGACGGUCUAA